UGUUGUGUUGCGUUCCGCCUCUUAUUCUUCCUCCACUCCGCCUCCUCCUCGUCUUCCUUCCGAUCUGUAGAAGAGCAGUUGGUGGUCUCGACAGCCCUGCCCAUCGAGCUACAGCAAAUCCGAGGAACAAGAGGCAUGGCGGAGCGAGGCGACGGCGGCGAGAGGGGAGGAAUGGAAGAGGUGGAUGACGCAAAGCUCGAGUUCACUCCCACAUGGAUUGUCGCUGGCGUUUGCUCCGUCAUCAUCUUCAUUUCCCUCGUCGCCGAGCGCUACCUCCAUUACCUCGGAAAGGUUCUCAAGAGCAAGAAUCAGAAGCCACUCUACAAUGCUCUACAGAAGGUGAAAGAAGAAUUGAUGCUCUUGGGGUUCAUAUCGCUGCUGCUCACGGUGUUCCAAGAGGGAAUCCAAAACAUCUGCAUCCCCAAGAGGUGGACCCUUUACAUGCUCCCCUGCAACCCUGAGAAAGCCCACCACCACCACCAUCACCACCACCACCACCACCACCGUGUAUAUUCUGAUGAAAUUCCUGGUGGUGGCGGUGAGAGAAGGCUGCUUGCUGAGGGCGUGGCUCAUUGCAUGAGCAAGGGUGAAGUCCCAUUGUUGUCUGUUGAGGCAAUACAUCAAUUGCAUAUCUUCAUAUUUGUCCUUGCAGUCACUCAUUUUCUUUUUAGUGCAUUCAUUGUGCUUUUGGGCGGAGCAAAGAUAAGUCAGUGGAAGCACUGGGAGGAUUCAAUCCAGCAAGAAAUUAGAGGAGUUGCCCCAACAAACAAUGCGCAUCUACAUCAGUUUCAGUUUAUCAUGGAGCGUGUUAAGACCAUUGAAAGAGAUUCAGUAGAUGUAACUUGGUUGCAUUCGUUUUUCAAACAAUUCUUUUUGUCUGUGACAAAAUCAGACUACGUCACUUUAAGACUUAUCUUCAUCAUGACUCAUUGCAAGGGACACCCAAAAUUUGACUUCCACAAAUAUAUGAUCCGAGCAUUUGAAUCUGAUUUCAAGAAAGUUGUUGGUAUAAGUUGGCAUCUUUGGGCUUAUGUGAUCAUUUUCUUGUUGCUGAAUAUCAAUGGUUGGCACACGUACUUCUGGAUAGCAUUCGUUCCUCUGAUUCUUCUUCUUUCUGUUGGAACUAAAUUGGAGCACGUCAUUACUGAGAUAGCUCAUAACGUUGCUGAAAAGUAUUUUGCAAUUGGAGGAGAUUUGAUCGUUAUGCCAUCGGAUGAUUACUUCUGGUUUCACCGACCCAGGAUUCUCCUUUUCUUGAUCCAUUUGAUCUUGUUCCAGAAUGCCUUUGACAUCGCAUUUAUCUUCUGGCUAUUUACUCCAUAUGGUCUCGAUUCCUGCAUCACCGAUCACUUUGGUUUUGCUGUCCCGAGGCUCGUGAUCGGAAUCAUUGUUCAGAUUCUCUGCAGCUACAGCACACUACCGCUCUAUGCCAUUGUCACCCAGAUGGGGACUCACUUCAAGAAAACUGUAUUCGAUGAUAACGUGAGAGGGGGCCUUGAGGACUGGGCUCAGAAGGCAAAGAAGCGGUUAAGUCUCAAGGAGGACAAUGAGUUUGGAGGUUCAAGCAAUGGCCGAAAAGAAUCUUCGAAGACAAUGGAGAUGACAAUGCAUUGUCAGAAUUGAUGAUGGAACAAGGAAAAAAGACAUGAACAAUGGAGAGCAGAUACAUCUAAUCGAACCACCUCGUCAACUUCAAUUUACUAGCUAGAGAUUGUGUUGCCAACAUGGAAGUGUCCCCGAGAUCAGAUGUCAGAUCGUUUCCCAAUCCUCUAGCUUUCUCUCAGAGAUUAUAUAUGCACUCAUAUAUACUAUUACUUACGUGAGUGGAACACCAAAGUUCGUGUUUGAAUUUUUGCAUGUUCAUGUAUGCAUCGCUUUUGUGAUCGAGGGAGGUAGAAAGAUGCCUCAACUUGGACCUAAUUCCAAAUUAAUACAUUAAUUUGAGGGUUUUCUUCAA